GCGGCACCGCCCGUUGGGGGAGGUGCAAAAUGGCGGCGGCACCGCCCCGUGGGCGGGAGGCGUUGAAUGGCGGGGGUGCUGCGCUGCGGGAGGAGUCGGUCGUUGCUGUCGCUCGCACUGUGGUCUGACGGGCGUUUCGGCGCCCUCCGCGGCGCCAUGCAGCACCCAACGGCGUCCACGGCACGGCCGGGCAGCCCCGAGCGCGGCGCUGAAGCGGCGGCGGGGCUGGGGGCCGGCGGCGGUGGUGCUGGGGGCUGGCUGGGAGCGCUGCGCUUCGAUAACCUGGCGCUGCGCUCGCUGCCCGUAGAGCCUUCCGAAGACAGCGCCCCGCGGGCUGUGCCCGGCGCCUGCUUCUGCCGGGUGCGCCCCACACCGCUGCGCAACCCGCGGCUGGUGGCCAUGUCGCUGCCGGCGCUGGCGCUGCUGGGGCUGGAAGCCGCCGGCCCCGCGGCCGAGAUGGAGGAGCGGGAGGCCGAGGCGGCUCUGUACUUCAGUGGGAACCGGCUGCUGCCGGGCUCGGAGCCGGCCGCACACUGCUACUGCGGCCACCAGUUCGGCAGCUUCGCCGGGCAACUGGGCGAUGGAGCCGCCAUGUACCUGGGCGAGGUGCUGGGCCCGCGGGGCGGCCGCUGGGAGAUGCAGCUGAAGGGCGCCGGCCUCACCCCCUUCUCCCGACAAGCUGAUGGUCGUAAAGUCCUGAGAUCAAGCAUACGAGAGUUCCUGUGUAGCGAGGCCAUGUUUCACCUAGGAAUACCAACAACGAGGGCUGGAACCUGCGUGACAUCUGACUCGGAAGUUGUUCGUGACAUAUUUUAUGAUGGAAACCCAAAAAAAGAAAGGUGUACAGUUGUUCUGAGAAUAGCUUCUACGUUCCUAAGAUUUGGUUCUUUUGAAAUUUUUAAACCUACUGAUGAAUACACAGGACGCAAGGGUCCUAGUGUCAACCGAAAUGAUAUUCGAAUACAAAUGCUCGAUUAUGUGAUCGGCACUUUCUAUCCAGAAAUCGAGGAGGCUUAUUCAGACAACAGUAUUCAGAGGAAUGCUGCUUUCUUCAAAGAGAUAACGAAACGGACAGCAAGACUGGUUGCUGAAUGGCAGUGUGUUGGCUUUUGCCAUGGCGUGCUGAAUACAGAUAAUAUGAGCAUAGUUGGACUAACUAUUGACUAUGGCCCUUUUGGGUUUAUGGACAGAUAUGACCCCGAGCACAUUUGCAAUGGUUCUGAUAAUACAGGGCGCUAUGCUUACAACAAGCAGCCAGAGAUUUGCAAGUGGAAUCUAGGGAAGCUCGCUGAAGCCUUAGUUCCAGAGCUGCCCUUGGAAAUCAGCGAACUCAUCCUGGAAGAGGAAUAUGAUGCAGAAUUUGAAAAACAUUAUUUGCAGAAGAUGAGGAAGAAACUAGGCCUCAUUCAGCUGGAAUUAGAAGAAGAUAGUAAGCUGGUGUCUGAACUUCUCGAAACCAUGCAUCUCACAGGCGGAGACUUCACAAAUAUUUUCUACUUGCUGAGUUCAUUCUCAGUAGAUUCUGAUCCUUCAAGACUGGAAGACUUCUUAGAAAAGCUUGCAAGUCAGUGUGCUUCUAUGGAAGAACUGAAAGUUGCUUUCAAGCCUCAGAUGGAUCCAAGACAACUGUCAAUGAUGCUGAUGUUGGCUCAGUCUAAUCCUCAACUGUUUGCACUAAUUGGAACAAAAGCUAAUAUAAAUAAAGAAUUAGAACGCAUUGAACAAUUCACUAAACUGCAGCAGUUAACAGCAGCUGAUUUACUCAGUAGAAAUAAAAGACACUGGAUAGAAUGGCUGGAAAAAUACAAAGUCCGUUUACAAAAAGAAAUAGAAGGCAUUAGUGAUGUUGAUGCCUGGAAUACUGAUCGUGUGAAGGUUAUGAAUUCCAACAAUCCAAAAUAUAUCUUGAGAAAUUAUAUUGCCCAGAAUGCCAUAGAAGCAGCUGAAAAUGGGGAUUUCUCAGAGGUAAGAAAUGUGUUGAAACUCUUGGAGAAUCCAUUCCAAGAAACAGAAACCUUCACAGAGGUGAAGGGAGACACAGAAGAGGAGGAAGCAACAGCUGCAGCAGCUGCUUGCGCUCAAGCAACGAGAAGCAGACUACCGUACUGCAGUAAACCUCCACUGUGGGCUUCCGAGCUCUGUGUUACAUGAUCUUCAUAACUGCCUUGUUUUAUUUCUUGCUGUAAACUGAAGACUCUGAUCCUCCUUCAGCAGUGAAGAAUUCAGCAAGGCGAAAGUCAAAGUGCUGUUAGGUUAUAGAAACAACCCCACAUUUGGAUGCACCUACAACAGUCUUCAGCUGUGCUUAAUUUGGAGCAAUUAUGGAACAUUGGAACAAACCAGUAACAAUCGCCAGUCUGUAUAUGUCACUAAUAUUUGUUUUUGAGACAAAGUCUUUGCUUUAUUCAUACCACACAGCAAGUAGAAAGCAAUAUUUUGUGUUGGAGCACACUGACUUUUGAACAUCCAAAUGGAGUUGUUAUGUGAAGACAAAAAUAGCAAGUCAGGAAUCUGAUCUAUUUUUGUCUGAUGUCUUAACUAAUAGUACUUCUAACAUUUGUUUGCUGCUUUUUUUCUAUGCAGGGACUUUCAGUCCUCUUUAAUGGAGGAAUAGAUUCAGUGUUGCUUGUUUUAAGCCAUGAUUCAUUUAAGUAGUUCAUUUCUUGUGAACACUUAAAGUGGUAUUUAAUCUUUGUUUUUAGAGUGUGUGCAAGCAGGGGACUGGGGGGGGAAAUCAAAUGUUUUGUUUGUUUGUUUUAUUUAGGUAUAAUAUAUAAAGAGCAGAACUAAGGGAGACUGUAUAUUUGCACUUGAAAAUAUUGAUAGGCAAGUUCAUUCAGGUUCUUUACAUUUGCAUACGACGCGUGUGUAAACAUUUACUAAAAUCAUGGGUGCAAUUUGUAAGCCAGUUGACUCAGGCACGGUCAGUUACCCCGUUAGCGUCAACGUUAUAUGUAAGUGACCCUAGUACUCAAGUA